AGUAGAGCUGAGCUUGAAGCCGACUAGGUGAUUUUGGGAGCCUAUAUAUAUAUAUAUAUAUAUAUACACAUACAUACAUAUAUAUAUAUAUUCUUUUUUCUCCUUCUCUACCUUGCAAACUCCGAGGAACUUUUUCUCCUUCUUUUUUGAAAGGGGUGGAAUAUAUAUUUUAAUAUAUAUUCUUCCGACAGCCCCUCAUUGACUAUCCACGAAAAAGCUGCCCACAUGUCCGUUGCUUGAGAGCAAAUAUCUGCAGCAGCAGCAACAGCAGCGAUUUUGCAAAAGCGUCCGAGAUCCGAGGUCUUCUUUCCAGUUUCUGCAACCCAGGCGGGACAUUUUUGGUGCCCCUUGCGAACUUUUCCUUGUCGUUGCCGCUGGGCUCGCCUGUUUUCAUGCAGUUUUAAGAGACCCUGCCACUUUCGCUUUUUCACCCCUCCCCACCCUCCUCUUCCUCCCCCCACCCACCCCCUCUUCCCACCCCCUCUUGCUCGCUUUUUUCAUUUCCACCGAUAUCCUCCCCCGGGUCGCUUUCUCGCAUGAAUCUCCUCGACCCUUUCCUGAAGAUGACCGAGGAGCAGGAGAAAUGCCUGUCCGGCGCCCCCAGCCCCACCAUGUCGGACGAUUCGGCCGGCUCCCCUUGCCCGUCGGGCUCCGGAUCGGACACCGAGAACACGCGUCCCCAAGAGAACACCUUCCCCAAAAGCGACCCGGACCUGAAGAAAGAGAGCGACGAGGACAAGUUCCCCGUGUGCAUCCGAGAAGCCGUCAGCCAGGUCUUGAAGGGCUACGACUGGACGCUCGUGCCCAUGCCCGUGCGCGUGAACGGAUCCAGCAAGAACAAGCCCCACGUCAAGCGCCCCAUGAACGCCUUCAUGGUGUGGGCGCAGGCCGCGCGCAGGAAGCUCGCAGACCAGUAUCCGCACCUGCACAAUGCCGAGCUGAGCAAGACGCUGGGCAAACUCUGGAGGUAAGCGCUGGGGAAGGGCGCAACGGGGGGAAGGAAGCGGGUUGCCCAAGGGGCGCUGGCACGCUUGCUCCGGAGGAAGCGUGCAGAGGAUCGCAGCCCAUAGUUAGAGGGACGGGGAGGGUAUCCAUGGUUUGAUUGUUUAGCUUCAGGGGCGCCAACUUGAAUAAAAUAGUCAAUAAAUAACUUAACAGAUCAAAAGACAUGGUGUGCGCACAUAAUUUAAAUGGCAAUGCCCGUCAACUUUUUGGGGGGGGCGGGUCGGCCCCCUCAAAUAUUUUAUGAGGGUGCGAAGGAACCUCAGCCCCUAGAAGUUGGCUCCUGUGCUUCGUUUUGCAUCACCACGCCUUGGCAAAGUCUACUUUCCGCCACUCGGGGUCUGUCUGUGCAGCGUGCAGCGUAGGAGCCAGUCCUAGGGGCCGAGGUCCCAAAGUUGCGCCCACCCACCCCACCCCAGUUAAUGGCCAUUGCCAUUGAAAUGGUGUUUGUGUGCCACGUCUUGAGAUCGAUAAUGUGGGGUGGAGCUUAUCUGGAAACCACACACACACACACACAAUAUUUUAUUCAAGUUUGCCUCCCUGCUCUGCAGGAGCAGGGCCAGAAGGGAGAAAUUGCACGCGUGGGUUGGGUGCGCGCACGAGAGAGAGAGAGAGAGCGAGAGAGAGCGAGAGAGAGAGAGAAUGUAUGUUAACAGGGACAGACGUUUCCAAAGGGGUGGUUGGUGGGAAUCUGGGGCUUGGAGAUCCCAUGCUGAGCUCCUCCUCCUCCUCCUCCUCCGCAGAGGUAGCGUGAAGAGAGCCCAACUAACGCGCAGCUCUUGGAGAGUGUGUCCACUGAACUUCACAUGCAGGUGGCAAACCGGGCAUUUGGACUGGGUGGGAGCUACUUCUGAGUGCAAUCCGAUCGGGUUCUGCAAGAGAAGUUCUGGAUCAAAAUGUCGUUUGUACCUUGGUUUGUGGGCAUAUAUGUUCAUAGGAGCUAACUCCUAGAGGGUCCUUCAUCCUCCCUCCGUUAAAAUAUUUGAGGGGGCCAGGACCCCCCAAAAAGUUAAUGGGCACUGCCAUUCAAAUAGUGCGUGUGUGCCGUGUCAUGUGAUCAAUUAUGCAGGGCAGGGCUUACCUGCCCCCCCCCCCAAUAUUUUAUUCAAGUUGGCACCACUGUAUGUGUCCAUAUUUGAGGUCCUGUUUUAGCUUAGGGAAGGCAGCAUUGCUGUGUUCAAUGAGAUGCCAACACCAGAAAAUAAGGCUGUAAUAUAUACUUCCCCAGGAGGAAGUCCUAAUAAACUCAAAGGGGCUCACAACAAAGUAGACCUGCAUAGGAUUGCACUAUAACAGCAACUAAAUGAUGAGGCAGUGCUAAACCCCUUAUUUUUAAAGUGGCCUUGAGAUUAUGCCUAGGAGAGAGCUGUCCCAUUAAAAAAAAAAUAUGCUGUGGUUACUCUGAAAGGCACUCUGCACAUGCCCAGGAAUAAUUUAUUUUGUACACACCUGCCCAUUAAAAAACAAACACAUUACAAGGUUGAGCUCUGACAACUCAAGCCCUGUUCUCAAGACAAAACAUGAAUGGCACACGUUUGGGUAUGUGAUGAUUGCUGGUGUAAGUUGGCAAGUGUGGACCAAUAGGAGGUUGAGUCGGAAAGAUGACUUGCAACAGGAGGGAGGGGAAGAGGGAGGGAGCAGGGAGUUAAGAGAAAGUGAGUCAACUGAUUGAAACAUAAGCUUGUGACUUUCCACAAGAAAAAGAGAGAGAGACAGAUCAAUGGUAUUUGCAAAUGAAAGGUUUAUGUUGUUGUUGAGUUUAGCUAUAAAAAAAAAUGGUGGGCAGUUUGUGCUGGUGCCUGGAGGCACCCAAAGUGUUGGCUCCUAAUCUGUAUUUGUGUGAGUGUGUCCUGGGUUAGUUGGUGGGGGUGGGUGGGAAUUGAGUGAUGGCUCCAACCAAAUUCCAAGGGGCCAGAGCAGAGUCCCUGUAGUGGCUUGAUUUUUGUUAUGUCUUUUUUGAAAGUAGCCAAAACACUCUGCUAAUUUCUUGCAAGAGGAGCAGAGUUCUCAAAAGGAACCCUAAGAUGAUGUAGAAAAGGAACAGGCAGAGGCAAACUUAGCAGUACUGGACAACCAAGUCCUUUUUCUGACAGUGCUCAGAGGUCCCAGAGAAAGUUUCUAGUCUGCUCCUAAAAAGGGGGGGGGGGGGGAGAGAGAGAGAGAGAAUGCUCAGAUAGCAGGAUGUCUAAAAACUGCCUUCCUUGCCAGCUUUGCUAUGCCGCUAGGACAUUUUGGCAUAAUGUCCUAUGUUCACAUAUAUCUGGAUCGUGACCUUGGUAUGACCAGAAGCUCAUUUUGCACAACUUUGCAGCCUUCAACAGCUGCCUGGGACAGUGCUCUUGCAGACAGGCUGAUAUUUAUUUAAUUUUUUGCAAAAUGAAAUAUGACCUAAGUGCUACAUUCUGGAAAUCUCUGCAGUUGACACCAUUGUAAGUAACCACAAGGCCCUUUCUGUCUCGCCCAGGUUAUUGAACGAGAGUGAGAAGCGCCCAUUUGUGGAGGAGGCAGAAAGGCUGAGGGUGCAGCAUAAAAAAGACCAUCCAGACUAUAAGUACCAGCCGCGAAGGAGAAAGUCGGUCAAGAAUGGGCAGGCUGAGCAAGAGGAAGGAUCUGAGCAAACUCACAUCUCCCCGAAUGCCAUCUUCAAGGCCCUGCAGGCAGAUUCUCCCCAGUCUUCAUCCAGCAUGAGUGAAGUGCAUUCCCCUGGAGAACAUUCUGGUAAGUGUGCCGUGUGCUGUGGUUCUGCUCGUAGAAAUAAUAGAAUUGUAGAGUUGUUAGGGGUCAUCUAGUCCAACCCCCUGCAAGGCAGGAAUAUGCCCUUGUCCCGUAUGGGGAUUGAACCUGAAACCUUGGCAUUACCAGCACCACACUGAGCUGUCUAUUAUUCUUUUAAUGAAUUAGGCUGCUCCCAUUCAGGUGGAUGCAGAAAAAGAGCACACUUAGCGAUCUAUUGCCCUUAUGCAUCCUGAAGCAUCUCUAUAGAACAGGAUAACAGGUGCGAUAGGGGCAAAGCACGUGCAGAUGUGUGUGUCCUCUUUAGGUGACAGGUCAUUGGCCACCACUGUCAGUAAGUACGUCUCACGGACGACAGCACACAGCAUCAUUUGCACACAUUCAAAAGGGCUUUCUCUUUGCAUAAGGCAAUUGCUUCUGCCAGCAAAACGUCCCAAUCCAGUUCGCACCUUUGCAAACCAGCUCUAUAAACUGUCCUCUUUUUCAGCAGAGCACAGUCUCACAGGUACAAAUUUCUUUGGCUGUACAAAACAACUGAUCUAAGGAGCCAUGCAGCUAUCUUCAGUGGCAAUUCCUUAUUACUGGUCACCCUACCACCACCCUCUCCUUUCACUCACCUCUAGACAGAGUUAACCAUUAAUGGAAUUAUCAUCGUAAUACAACACCUCCUGCUUAUAUAUAUAUAUAAAUGGCUGCUGUUAGAUUUCCAGUGCUUUAUGGCACUCUGUCUGGACCCCUUAUCAGUAGGAAGAUAGGCCCAGGUGUGGCCUGCCUGCAGUUUUGACUUCAAAGGGGUGGAGGGGAAAGUAGCAUGCUGACUCUGACAGACGCCGUUUCUCUUGUGUUUCCUGCAGGACAGUCUCAAGGGCCACCGACCCCUCCCACUACCCCUAAAACAGAUGUGCAGCCCGGUAAGCAGGACCUGAAACGGGAAGGGCGCCCCCUGCAGGAAGGAGGAAGGCAGCCGCCCCACAUCGACUUCCGAGACGUGGACAUUGGUGAGCUCAGCAGCGACGUCAUCUCCAACAUUGAGACCUUCGACGUCAACGAGUUUGACCAGUAUCUCCCACCCAACGGCCACCCCGGGGUCCCGGCCACCCAUGGCCAGCCCGGCCAAGUCACCUAUACCGGCAGCUACGGAAUCAGCAGCACGGCAGCCGCUCCAGCCAGCACGGGGCAUGUCUGGCUGUCCAAGCAGCCGCAGCAGCCGCAGCCGCCGUCUCAGCCACAGCCGUCCCAGGCGCCGCAGCAGGCCCCGCAGCAACCCCAGCACACCUUGACCACGCUGAGCAGCGAGCCAGGGCAGGCCCAGCAGAGGACACACAUCAAGACGGAGCAGCUGAGCCCCAGCCAUUACAGUGAGCAGCAGCAGCACUCGCCCCAGCAGAUCAGCUACAGCUCCUUCAACCUGCAGCACUACAGCUCCUCCUACCCCACCAUCACCCGCUCGCAGUAUGACUACACAGACCACCAGAGCUCCAACUCGUACUACAGCCACGCUGCCGGCCAGAGCUCCAGCCUCUACUCUACCUUCACGUACAUGAACCCCGCCCAGAGGCCGAUGUACACGCCCAUUGCAGACACUGCCGGGGUGCCUUCCAUUCCUCAGACCCACAGCCCGCAACACUGGGAGCAGCCUGUCUACACACAGCUCACCAGGCCGUAAGGUUUUUGACGGACAGCAAAAAGCGUCUUCAGACUUUGGUGAAAGUUUCUUUUUUUUAAAAAAAAAGGAAGAAGCAGCAGCAAGCUAAACAAGUAAGAGAAAGGAAAAUCCCAGAAUGCUUUGUGUACUACAGCAUCCUUCCGAAAUCAGCUGGAGAAUCCUGCUCCAUAAACAAACAUUCCAUGGUGGACUUAGAACCUUUGCUUUCGAGGCGAUUUUCAUUCCCAAAACAGCCAGCUUAGUUCGCCUAGGUAUGGACUUGGUGAUUAUUUUUUAACAAUAACUAAAAAUGAAAAGCGAAUAAUUUUUUUAUUAUUACAAAACUCAAAAGUAUUCCUCUGUGAGGAAUAUGCUCUAUUCUAAGUAUUUUGUUUCAUUUCGUUUAGUAUGUACUGUGUAUGAUUCGUUACCAAUUUGAGGGGAUUUUAUAUGUUAAUUGUACUUCUUGUUUUUAGAGAAACUUUUUUUUUUUAAAUGCUCCUUAUUUUGACAGCUAAACAACACUUAGCAAAAUGGCAUGCCUUAGCCAGAGGUAUUUUUGUAUAGUUAAUGGUCUUCUGCUUGUAGGCAGCAAAAAAAAAAUGUGGAUAAAGGAAAAGCAAACCAGUGAUCAGUUACUCAAUGUGAUGUUGUGGAUUUGGAAAUAGACUUUAUUUUUCCAGCUGGGAAGUAAAAGGGUUUUUUGAGGGGAGGAGGGAGGUUUGAAAGAAAAAGAAGAUCUACACCUUAAGCCUUAAAGAAACACUAUUGAAAAGCCUUAACAGCAACCCUGCAAUAUCUUCCAAGAGAGCUUGCGUAAUUCUUUCUCUCACUGCCAAGGGGAAAUAUGAGGCUUCAGAGGAAGACAGUUCAGUUUUUUAAGGUCUGAAGCUCUCUCUCUCUUUUUUUUAAUGCAACCAGCAGCACCAGAUUAUAAUGCCACAAAUCCUACCAUGACUUGCCUUCUUCAGCUUCUGGCACUGCCCCCUCCCCAUGUGCGAAACAGAUGCUGACCAGUCCAUAGAAAACAGCCCCCCUGCAAAAUCCAUUAUGAACCCAAUUUGCAGGGCAGGGCAGGGAUAUCGACUUUAACAAAGGUCAUGGAUGACAGCACUGGUGUGUGUGUUUUUCUUCCUUUUCUUUUCUUUUUUAAAAAAGUAUAUAUAUUUAUUUUGUGGCGGGGGUGGGGAGAGUUUUUUAAUCAAGAGAUUUUCCUCCAUUUCCCCCUUCCGCAUUAGAAGUUCUUGUAAUGUAAACAGAAAUUCCAGAGUCAGUAUAUGGUGCCUAAUCGUUAAAUUAUGGUCUAAAUCAAUAACCCCUUUAUUUUAUUUAUCCCUCUCAUUCCCAUUUUUUUGGUACUUUUUAUUAUUAUUAUUCCUUCAGAAUGUGUCUUAGGUUUGUGCAAGUAUGUCUGCUUCUCUUCUGUUCUCCCUUUCUUCUUCUUUUCCCUCCUGUUUGAGGAUAAACUGGAAAAAAAUAUGUUGUUGUUGUUUUUCAUUGUAGACACAAAAGAUUGCAAAUGUAGUGUAUCACUGAGUCAUUUGCCUUAUUUUCUGCCUCAGCUCUUUCAGAUUUACAUAUUGCGCCUGGGAGUACACAGGCCAGCAGAGUUAAGGUAGUAGAAUGGACUGUACCACUUAAGCUUUGAUGCUACUGUUGGGGCUGCCAUUUUUAAUGCUUCCCCCAUGGGAUUUUUAUAUUUAAACCCUCCAUUGUUGUUGUUUAUAAUUGCAGGGAGUUCUUUUACAGGGGGUGAGGGGAAGCAUUCGAAAGAAACGAUACCCCCCAACUUGCAAACCAAAGUGGUACAAUCCACUCUACUACCUCCAGAUUCCACCACCUUCUAUGGGUGUUGUAGGGCAGGCCUUGGUCUGUUCAAGAGAAGCAAAGCGACAGUGGGUGCAGCCACCAAUCCCUGCUGCUUUGGAAGCCCUCUUCUUUUCCAUGGGGCUUGCACAUUUCCAUGGGGCUCAUAUUUGCCCCUUGAAAGCUCAAUGGAAAUGAACGACAGUUGCGGAGCAGUGGUUCUGGACUGGUAGCUGCCAAAGUGUGCAGCUCAUCUUCCACCUCUUCACACUGUGUGAUUUGGGAGGAUAUUUAGGGCAAGGAACUGACCUUUGGUGAAGUGGUGGCUGAACAGUUAAGGAUUGCUUUUUUAAAAAAAAGAUAGCCAACUUUUUUAUUUAAAAAAAGUUAUAUUUGUUAAUGUUUUGUAGGGAAUACAGUAGAAGAAAAUCUUAAAGCACUCUUAUAAUAUGGUAUCUUUUCUACUUCUAUAUUAAAAAAGCAGAUAUUUCUAAGGUAUUUCUGUAACUUAAAAACAAUCUUUCCUUUUUUUAAAAAAAUCAGUUUUAGGUAAGGUUGGGUUUCUGUUUUGUUUCCGUUUUGGUCGUUUUGUUUGCAAAUCCCUUUUGGUUCUCUGUACAACUUACCUUUUUGUAUAUUAUUGUUUGCAAUAAAUAUACGUUUUAUUAAACUUUAAAUGAAGU